GUUCGGGAGACCCCGGCCCCUGCCGCCGGGAGCAGCGCCCAGCAGCCUGGCCGCCCGGCUCCCGAAAACCGCUUAUUCGCUCCGCGAGCGGUACCUGAGGAGCGGGCGCGAAGCCCGGGUUCUCUCCGGUUCCCCGUCCGUCCGUCUGUCAGAACAGCGUGAGAACUGCGCCCCGGGGCGCCCGCUGUCUGCGCACCGCCAUCGGCUCGUGCAUUCGCUCCGCAGCCUUCGGAAGUGUCCCCGAGUCUCUGCGUUGUUUUCUUCUGUUGCCGUCGCUGGUGCUCUCGUUGGCGGUCCCCUCCUUCACGUGCUCUGCGCUCCUUUCUAAACGGGAAAAACUCAGUGCCGGGCGGUACUGUCUCAGGAAGGCAGCUCCGAAAUGAUUGCCAUCUGUUUUCGUCGUUGUGGAGGAGACCGGUUCCUAUCGGGGGGGCAGAAGAAGGAAUGAGAUCAGCGAGCGGCGAUUACAGCAAAUCCUGCCCCGGUGAUUUGCAGGGGUUUGCUCCUCCUUUAAUAAGAUGUGACAUGCUACCUACCAGCCACCAUCUCCCCUCUCUGGAGGUGGGGGGAUGUGGCCGUGGUUGCAUAACAGUUGCCCUGAACUUCAUACAUGUUCCCAAAGCAGGAGGCUGUCCAGCUGACACUCCCUGACCACAGGAGCUGGAGCAGCUAUAGGGAGCAGUGCCCUGGGUAGCCAGCCAUGAUCGCCACUGGAGGCCUCCUGAGGAUCUCGGCUAGGAAACAGGAUCCCUUGCGACCACAAAGCCAAAUCCCCAAACGCAAACGUAAGGCCAAGAAGAAACGCAAAAAUGAUGUUGUGGUUGUGAAAGGCAAGCUCAAGCUGUGCUCCAUCUCAGGGCUUAUCGCCCUCUGUGGCAUCCUGGUACUGCUAGUGGGCAUCGCCUUGGCUAUUGUGGGCUACUGGCCUAAGUCCGGCCAGGUAUACAGACAAGUUAGUGAGGGCAGGCACCUGGCCCCUCAGGGUGGCACCGUCAAGAACCGCUCCCAGAACCAGGAAGGGGCACAAGCUGAGAUCUACCUGGAGUCACCUUCCAGAGCCAAUUCCACCGCUGCUAUCAGCCAGGAGUUCCCGCAGUCCUAUCCCACUUCCUCAUCCCCCCAAGCUUCAGUGGGUUUCCUUUUCCGUCUUUUCUCAAGCUACUUGCAUUCAGACAAGCUGAAGGUCUUGGGCCCCCUCAUCAUGGGUAUUGGCAUCUUCCUUUUCAUCUGCGCCAAUGCAGUAUUGCAUGAGAACCGUGACAAGAAGACCAAGAUCAUCAACCUGCGGGACCUCUAUUCCACUGUUAUUGAUGCCCACAGCUUGCGGGCAAAGGAUGGAGGCGCCUCAGCUCCUCUUAAUGGCUUUGUCAAUUAUGUGCAGUCACGGGGCCUGGAGCUAAAGCCUGGUGGUGAAGGCCUGGGUGCUGCGGCUAUGCUGGCCAAGAGCUCUUGGCCACCGGGCCUGGCUGCCUCUUUUUCCCCACCUGACCUAGCAUCCUCGCCACGACGUUCCUCCUUCUGCACCUUGCCGCAGCCUCCCAGCCUGGCCGAGGCUGUGUACAGCAUCUACCAGGAGCGUGCUGCCCGUACUGGCCGCACCUUCACCAGUCCGCCCUGCAGCCCACCAGAGAGCUGGGGCCAGCGCAGCACAGCCAGCUCCAUUGUUGGAUCCUCGUUGAGUGCUUUCACUCUUCUGCCCUUGACGCAGAGUGGCAGAGGGGGAGGCUGGCGGAGGCCUCCUGGUGAGCGGGGAGUCCAGGAAAUCCCACGGGGGGAGUUUGAACUGAGCCUGACUGACCUCAGCCACGUCGAGGGAGGCUACAGGACAAGGAGGCACAAGCUGGUUCUCAGGCGGCAGAGCACCAGCUGCUUGCCUGAUGCAAGGCGUCCCCUUUCUCCUGAGCCACCUCGGCCUCCAGCUGUCAGGGGAGGCCUGGACUCCAGCCUGUUGGCAACUUCUAGCCACUCCAGAUCUCUGGACCUGGGGGAAUCACCUCCCUCAACUCCCCCCGCCAUCACCAGGAUGGAUUCCCAGAGCUCACAGUCUGAGCCUUCCAGCAGCAAUAAGGGCUACAGUCACCUGGAGGAGGCCGGCACCUCCUUGGAGUCAGUUGCCAACACCCCAGCCAGUAAAAUCCAGGACUGUGAGGAGGGACCAGUUGAGAAAAUGGACCCCCUCAAGGCUACCAGCACAGAACAAACAGGGGAACAAUCUCAGCAAAUUCAAAGACAGUACACAAAGAAAGAGAAACUCUUUAUGAUUUCUAGGUCGCACGCUGCAUUAGGGCUGGAGGAUGGGGAGCUGGAAAGUACUGGCAUCUGAAAAACCAAGAAAGCGCAAAGACACCUUGCAGCCCUCCACACCUUUCCCCCUUCUUCAUCUUUUUGUGGACUUAGGAAACCAGUCUAUAUCCAAAGAGCUGCAGUAUGCUACCCUGGAAAAUCUGAAUUCAGUAAAUCCUGUAGAUGACUUCAGGAAGAAAAUCCUUCUGUCCGAUUGUAUGUUCCUUGCAAGCCAAAUUGUAUUAAAUAUCCACAGUCCAGCAAGUUCUUGAGAUCAGCUUAAUACAAUUUCGGACAGUAUAACCGUGCACUUUAAUUGUCUUGAUUUCCAAGUGCUCCUUCUCCUCCGAUUUCUUUCUUGCUGACUUGCCACUAACUGCUUGAAAACCACAGGCACUUUUUUUAAGCUCAAGAGCACAGUGCUCUUUAGAUUAAGAAAGCUGAGCUCUCUCUUUGUUUUGGUUCAAUCACUAAAAAGUUUGCAAGGCCUUAAGGAUGACGUACCUUGACAAAGAAGGAGUUUGCUUAAAUUUUGGAAAAAUGACAAUUUAGAACAGAAUAGAGCAGAACAGAGUGUUGAUAAUUUAGUUAAAACCAUAAUGUUCUUCAAAAUACCUACUACGAUGUGAUACUUUAUCAAGUAUUAUUACACAUGUAUUGAGUAAUAGCAUUAAAAGAUUUUUUUUUUUUUAAUAAAACAUUUGCAAACAAAACUGAGAGAUAAAAAGUCUUUUAUUUUGGUAAGUACUUGUGAUGCCAUAAAUUUCUGUUUUUGUAGAUUGAAUGAUUAGAGAGAUGCUACAAGGCCAAAGGUUUGCUUAUGCUUUUAAGUGGAUAAUAACUAUGUAGGAGUAAUUUCAAAAUAAACAGUGGUUUUGACUCUGA